CCGAGGAGCAGGAAAAGAAAACUUUUCCCUCCCGCCCCCCGCGCAAGGUCCCCAGCCCUCGCCUCCCCCCGCAGGUGGGAACUGCACCUGAGGCCGGGCGCGAGGUCAGGGCCGGACUUUGGAGGGCUGCGGGCAGGGCUGAAGGGGGUGCGUGCAUUUGGGCUCAGUUUUCCUUUGGCCUCCGGGUUGUCAGUGGCCGUAGUGGGAGGGCGGCCGCCGGCGCCCCUGCCCGUUUCCCACUCGCGGGUGGCCGGACGCGGUGCCGCCUCCUCCCGCUCUUGAGGGUGUGACCCGGGGAGGGGGGCGCAGGCUCCCCCUGCGACCGCCCCCUCACACACGCGCUCGGCCGCCCGAGCUGUCACCGGCCACCCAGGGCCCGGGGAGGGGGCGCGGAGAGUGGCGCUGCGGAGCGGCGGGCGCGGGAUCCUCCUGCCGGACUUCCCGGCUCCCAGGGACGCCGCUGUCAACGCCGGGCGGACGCGCAGCCCCGGGAGAGGGGCCCGCCAGAGGCCCGGCCGCCGCCGCUGGGGGCGGGCGGGUGCCCGCGUCCCCCUCUGCGCGAUUUGGCGCCGCUGCCUCGCCGCCUCUUGUAGGGUAACAGCACUAUUGCUCUACCCACCGUCAGCAGGGCGACUGCCGGGAUUAUCAUCCUCUCCAUCCUCAUUGCCGAUCAGCCAACAUUGGACUUGCUGGUGGCGGUGGCGGCAGCAGCGGCGGCGGCAGUCUAGCCGUUCCCCUUCCCCCGCCCCAGCCUCCCCACCAUGUCCUAGAAAAGCGAUGGAGACCAAAGGCUACCACAGUCUCCCUGAAGGUCUAGAUAUGGAAAGACGGUGGGGUCAAGUUUCUCAAGCUGUGGAGCAUUCUUCCCUGGGACCUACAGAGAGGACCGAUGAGAAUAACUACAUGGACAUUGUCAACGUAAGCUGUGUUUCCGGUGCUAUUCCAAACAACAGUACUCAAGGAAGCAGCAAAGAAAAACACGAACUACUCCCUUGCCUUCAGCAAGACAAUAAUCGGCCUGGGAUUUUAACAUCUGAUAUUAAAACUGAGCUGGAAUCUAAGGAACUUUCAGCAACUGUAGCUGAGUCCAUGGGUUUAUAUAUGGAUUCUGUAAGAGAUGCUGACUACUCCUAUGAGCAGCAGAACCAACAAGGAAGCAUGAGUCCAGCUAAGAUUUAUCAGAAUGUUGAACAGCUGGUGAAAUUUUACAAAGGAAAUGGCCAUCGUCCUUCCACCCUAAGUUGUGUGAACAGGCCCUUGAGAUCAUUUAUGUCUGACUCUGGGAGCUCCGUGAAUGGUGGCGUCAUGCGCGCCAUUGUUAAAAGCCCUAUCAUGUGUCAUGAGAAAAGCCCAUCUGUUUGCAGCCCUCUGAACAUGACAUCUUCGGUUUGCAGCCCUGCUGGAAUCAACUCUGUGUCCUCCACCACAGCCAGCUUUGGCAAUUUUCCAGUGCAUAGCCCAAUCACCCAGGGAACUCCUCUGACAUGCUCCCCUAAUGUUGAAAAUCGAGGCUCCAGGUCGCACAGCCCUGCACAUGCUAGCAAUGUGGGCUCUCCUCUCUCAAGUCCAUUAAGUAGCAUGAAAUCCUCAAUUUCCAGCCCUCCAAGUCACUGCAGUGUAAAAUCUCCAGUCUCCAGUCCCAAUAAUGUCACUCUGAGAUCCUCUGUGUCUAGCCCUGCAAAUAUUAACAACUCAAGGUGCUCUGUUUCCAGCCCUUCCAACACUAAUAACAGAUCCACGCUUUCCAGUCCGGCAGCCAGUACUGUGGGAUCUAUCUGUAGCCCUGUAAACAAUGCCUUCAGCUACACUGCUUCUGGCACCUCUGCUGGAUCCAGUACAUCGCGGGAUGUGGUUCCCAGUCCAGACACACAGGAGAAAGGUGCUCAAGAGGUCCCUUUUCCUAAGACUGAGGAAGUAGAGAGUGCCAUCUCAAAUGGUGUGACUGGCCAGCUUAAUAUUGUCCAGUACAUAAAACCAGAACCAGAUGGAGCUUUUAGCAGCUCAUGUCUAGGAGGAAAUAGCAAAAUAAAUUCAGAUUCUUCAUUCUCAGUACCAAUAAAGCAAGAAUCAACCAAGCAUUCAUGUUCAGGCACCUCUUUUAAAGGGAAUCCAACAGUAAACCCAUUUCCAUUUAUGGAUGGCUCGUAUUUUUCCUUUAUGGAUGAUAAAGACUAUUAUUCCCUAUCAGGAAUUUUAGGACCACCUGUGCCCGGCUUUGAUGGUAACUGUGAAGGCAGCGGAUUCCCAAUGGGUAUUAAACAAGAACCAGAUGACGGGAGCUAUUACCCAGAGGCCAACAUCCCUUCCUCUGCUAUUGUUGGGGUGAAUUCAGGUGGACAGUCCUUCCACUACAGGAUUGGUGCUCAAGGUACAAUAUCUUUAUCACGAUCGGCUAGAGACCAAUCUUUCCAACACCUGAGUUCCUUUCCUCCUGUCAAUACUUUAGUGGAGUCAUGGAAAUCACACGGCGACCUGUCGUCUAGAAGAAGUGAUGGGUAUCCGGUCUUAGAAUACAUUCCAGAAAAUGUAUCAAGCUCUACUUUACGAAGUGUUUCUACUGGAUCUUCAAGACCUUCAAAAAUAUGUUUGGUGUGUGGGGAUGAGGCUUCAGGAUGCCAUUAUGGGGUAGUCACCUGUGGCAGCUGCAAAGUUUUCUUCAAAAGAGCAGUGGAAGGUAAAUGUUCAUGGCAACACAACUAUUUAUGUGCUGGAAGAAAUGAUUGCAUCAUUGAUAAGAUUCGACGAAAGAAUUGUCCUGCUUGCAGACUUCAGAAAUGUCUUCAAGCUGGAAUGAAUUUAGGAGCACGAAAGUCAAAGAAGCUGGGAAAGUUAAAAGGGAUUCAUGAGGAGCAGCCACAGCAGCAGCAGCCCCCACCCCCACCCCCACCCCCGCAAAGCCCAGAGGAAGGGACAACGUACAUCGCUCCUGCAAAAGAACCCUCGGUCAACACAGCACUGGUUCCUCAGCUCUCCACAAUCUCACGAGCGCUCACACCUUCCCCCGUUAUGGUCCUUGAAAACAUUGAACCCGAAAUUGUAUAUGCAGGCUAUGACAGCUCAAAACCAGAUACGGCCGAAAAUCUGCUCUCCACACUCAACCGCUUAGCAGGCAAACAGAUGAUCCAAGUCGUGAAGUGGGCAAAGGUACUACCAGGAUUUAAAAACUUGCCUCUUGAGGACCAAAUUACCCUAAUCCAGUAUUCUUGGAUGUGUCUAUCAUCAUUUGCCUUGAGCUGGAGAUCUUACAAACAUACGAACAGCCAAUUUCUCUAUUUUGCACCAGACCUAGUCUUUAAUGAAGAGAAGAUGCAUCAGUCUGCCAUGUAUGAACUAUGCCAGGGGAUGCACCAAAUCAGCCUUCAGUUCGUUCGACUGCAGCUCACCUUUGAAGAAUACACCAUCAUGAAAGUUUUGCUGCUACUAAGCACAAUUCCAAAGGAUGGCCUCAAAAGCCAGGCUGCAUUUGAAGAAAUGAGGACAAAUUACAUCAAAGAACUGAGGAAGAUGGUAACUAAGUGUCCCAACAAUUCUGGGCAGAGCUGGCAGAGGUUCUACCAACUGACCAAGCUGCUGGACUCCAUGCAUGACCUGGUGAGCGACCUGCUGGAAUUCUGCUUCUACACCUUCCGAGAGUCCCAUGCGCUGAAGGUAGAGUUCCCCGCAAUGCUGGUGGAAAUCAUCAGUGACCAGCUGCCCAAGGUGGAGUCGGGGAACGCCAAGCCGCUCUACUUCCACCGGAAGUGACUGCCCGCUGCCCAGAAGAACUUUGCCUUAAGUUUCCCCGUGUUGUUCCACACCCAGAAGGACCCAAGAAAACCUGUUUUUAACAUGUGAUGGUUGAUUCACACUUGUUCAACAGUUUCUCAAGUUUAAAGUCAUGUCAGAGGUUUGGAGCCGGGAAAGCUGUUUUUCCGUGGAUUCGGCGAGACCAGAGCAGUCUGAAGGAUUCCCCACCUCCAAUCCCCCAGCGCUUAGAAACAUGUUCCUGUUCCUCGGGAUGAAAAGCCAUAUCUAGUCAAUAACUCUGAUUUUGAUAUUUUCACAGAUGGAAGUUUUAACUAUGCCAUGUAGUUUCUGGUAUCGUUCGCUUGUUUUAAAAGGGUUCAAGGACUAACGAACUUUUUAAAGCUUACCCUUGGUUUGCACAUAAAACGUAUAGUCAAUCUGGGGCAUUAAUAUUCUUUUGUUAUUUAAAAAACACAAAAAAAUAAAAAAUAUAUACAGAUUCCUGUUGUGUAAUAACAGAACUCGUGGCGUGGGGCAGCAGCUGCCUCUGAGCCCUCGCUCGUCCACGGUCUUCUGCAUCACUGGUAUACACACUCGUUAGCGUCCAUUUCUUAUUUAAUUAGAAUGGAUAAGAUGUUAAAACAAAUGCCUUGGUUUGAUUUCUAGUAUCUAUUGUGUUGGCUUUACAAAUAAUUUUUUGCAGUCUUUUGCUGUGCUGUACAUUACUGUAUGUAUAAAUUAUGAAGGACCUGAAAUAAGGUAUAAGGAUCUUUUGUAAAUGAGACACAUACAAAAAAAAAUCUUUAAUGGUUAAUAGGAUGAAUGGGAAAGUAUUUUUGAAAGAAUUCUAUUUUGCUGGAGACUAUUUAAGUACUAUCUUUGUCUAAACAAGGUAAUUUUUUUUUGUAAAGUGCAAUGUCCUGCAUGCAUAAUGAACCGUUUACAGUGUAUUUAAGAAAGGGAAAGCUGUGCCUUUUUUAGCUUCAUAUCUAAUUUACCAUUUUACAGUCUCUGUUGUAAAUAACCACACUUAAACCUCUUCGGUUGUCUUGAAGCCUUUCUACUUUUUCUGUACUUUUUGUUUUGUUCUUGGUCUCCCGCUUGGGGCAUUUGUGGGACUCCAGCACGUUUUCUGGCUUCUGCUUCAUCCUGCUCCAUCGGGGAAUGACACACUGCGGUGUCUGCAGCUCCUGGAAGGUGUCAUUUGACAACACACAUGGGAGAGGAGGUCCUAGGAGUGCUGCAGCUUUAGGAAAGCUGCCUCGUUUCCCUUUUCCUCUAGAAGCAGAACCAGCUCUAGGAGAGUGAGACUAGGAACUUGAUGGCUCAGAGAGCAUCUUUUCCUCCCAUUUUAGAAAAUCGGAUUUUCUCCUGUGGGAAAAAAAAAAAUUCCAUGCACUCUCUCUGUUAAAGAUCAGCUAUUCCCUUCUGAUCUUGGAAAGGGGUUCUGCACUCCUGGAACCGGUCACAGGAACACACAGAUCAUGGCAGGAUGCACUGGGACGGCCCAUCUUGGCCAAGGUUCAGUCUGAAUGGCAUGGAGACCAGGAGAUAGAUGAUAGGGAGAUUUUAGAUUUUUAAAAGGUAGGUUUUAAAAAUAAAUUUUAUACAUAAACAGUUUUGGAGAAAAACUACAGAUCAUAUAAGCAAGACAGUGGCACUAAAAUUUUUAAUUCAUUAAUCUGUUUGUUUGGCACUGAUGCAAUGUAUGGCUUUUCUCUUGCCCCAAAUCACAAACAUAUGUAUCUUUGGGGAAACUAACAAUAUGAUUGCACUAAAUAAACUACUUUGAAUAGAGGCCAAAUUAAUCUUUUAAAAGUGAUGAUAAUCACCAGGUUUACUCAGUGAAAUCAUAUUAUUUUCCAAAAUCUAACAGCUGUAGCUGGAGAAGCCCAUGGCCAGGAGGAAGCAGCAAUUAGAUCAACACUUUUCUCCAGGGUUCACCAUGCAGGCAACAUUACCUUGUCUUUCAGAAGACACCUGCCUUAUGCAAGGGGAAACCUGUGAAAGCUGCACUCAGAGGGAGGAGUUUUUCUUACAUAAUUUGCAAUUUCAGGAAUUUAAUUUAUAGGCAGAUCUUUAAAUACAGUCAACUUACAUGCACAGCAAUAGGAAAGCCACACUUUGAAGGUAAUAAAUACACAGCAUGCAGACUGGGAGUUGCUAGAAAACAAAUGGCUUACUUACAAAAGCAGCUUUUAGUUCAGGCUUAGUUUUUAUAAAAUGGGAAUUCUGACUUAACCAGGUUUGGGAUGGAGAUGGUCUGCAUCAGCUUUUUGUAUUAACAAAGUUACUGGCUCUUUGUGUGUCUCCAGGUAACUUUGCUUGAUUAAACAGCAAAGCCAUAUUCUAAAUUCACUGUUGAAUGCCUGUCCCAGUCCAAAUUGUCUGUCUGCUCUUAUUUUUGUACCAUAUUGCUCUUAAAAAUCUUGGUUUGGUACAGUUCAUAAUUCACCAAAAGUUCAUAUAAUUUAAAAAAAACACUAAAUUAGUUUAAAAUGAAGCAAUUUAUAUCUUUAUGCAAAAACAUAUGUCUGUCUUUGCAAAGGACUGUAAGCAGAUUACAAUAAAUCCUUUACUUUAAUCA